ACUGCCGUCGUGAAUGUGAUCUGAUACGUGCACUGUGCAGAGCAGAAGCAGAUUACUGGUAGAUGCGUGUGUCGACGUAACGUUCUGAGUAGUUCUGACGUCUACCAAACCAACAAGGCAACAAGUCAGUUUGUUUUCAAGACUCUGUCAAGAGUGCUCAAGAGGUUGUUUGUUCUUGCAUUUCCAAGGUGACGUAGUUGCUUCCAUCUGCUCCGGUUUCGCACGUCGCUGGCCCUCGUCUGGCAUGUGUGCGAACGCGAACGUUCAUUCGUGAUCUCUCUCGUAUUAUCGUCUUGUCGCUGGCAUUCUGGCAAUACCUUAUCGCGCGAAACAUGUUAAAACUAAAACAGGCAAGUGUUUUUCUCGUCUUCCUGUACACUCUCCAGUUUGGGACUGGUCUGUAUUUUCAUAUCGGCGAGACUGAGCGGAAAUGCUUCAUCGAAGAGAUCCCCGACGAUACUACAGUUUUAGUCAAUUACAAAGUGGAGCUUUACGACCCAAGAAGCGGCGGUUUCAUGCCAAGUAGCCCUGGCAUUGGCAUGCACGUCGAAGUCAAGGAUCCCGACGACAAACCUAUUCUCUCUCGAGUUUAUAGCUCCGAAGGUCGAAUUUCCUUUACCUCGCAUACUCCGGGAGAACACGUAAUCUGCUUGUACUCGAACAGCACCGCUUGGUUCAGCGGUACUCAAUUGAGAGUACAUCUGGAUAUUCAAGUAGGGGAACAUGCGAUCGAUUAUGCCAAUGUAGCGCAGAAGGAAAAGCUGUCGGAGCUCCAGCUUAGAAUACGCCAGCUUCUGGAUCAAGUCGGGCAAAUAACCAAGGAGCAAAACUACCAGAGGUAUCGGGAAGAGCGCUUUAGGCAGACAUCCGAAAGCACUCACCGCCGUGUAUUCUGGUGGUCUCUGACUCAGACGGUAGUUGUCCUGAUUAUGGGUGCGUGGCAAAUGAAGCAUCUCAAGAGCUUCUUCGAGGCAAAAAAAUUAGUUUAAAUAUUACGCGCGAAUGGAACGCGCGUGUUGAUUGAUUUUAGAUUUUAACAGCAGUCAUCAUUUACGCGUCUAAAUUUUACUCGCUUAGCAUUAUGCACGUUCCAUUAUAAAGCAUUAUAUUUGAGCACGGUGCUUAUCGAGAAUCCACACUUUUGUACGAACGUAUCAGUUAUUUCCUACAGGCGAAUAAAUUACUUGGGAUUAUACAAUAUACAAUGAUGCAUAAUAUGUAGUAAAGUUAUAAGAAUAAAAUAAGUGUCUUGAAUAAAA